UACAGGAAGGGUGUGGAGACUUUGGAGAGGGUGCAGGAGAGGUUCACCAGGGCACUGCCUGGACUACAGGGCAUGAACUAUAAGGAGAGGGGGAGAGCUGCUCUGUUCAUGUGUGUGGGGAGGCUGCUGAAGAUGGCAGUGUGGUGCUGGAAUCGAUUUCACCGGCUGCUCAAACUGACCAGCGGCCGCGGUUGUGCAGCUCGACUUCUCAGUGCUGGGUUGAUGGAGGAGAAGAAGUUGGUGAUCUGCGUCGAAGGGAACAUUGCAAGUGGGAAGACUACAUGCUUGGAGUACUUUGCAAAAUAUAGUAACAUUGAGGUUCUACUGGAGCCCAUCUCAAAGUGGAGGAACAUCUGGAACCACAACCUGCUGAGCCUCAUGUACGAAGAUCCCUCACGCUGGGCGAUUACGUUACAGACCUACGUACAACUGACUAUGUUACAGCAGCACACUCGGCCUCGGACACUGCCCUUCCAAAUGAUGGAGAGAUCCAUUUACAGCGCCAAGUAUGUCUUUGUGGAGAAUCACUACCAAAGCUCCAUAAUGCCCGCUGUGGAUUACGCUGUGUUGUCCGAGUGGUUUGAUUGGAUCGUGGCUAACACCAACGUUCAGGUUGACUUGAUUGUGUAUCUGCAGACCACACCGGAGACCUGCUACCAGAGGCUGAAAGCCAGGUGUCGGAACGAGGAGAAGGUCAUUCCUUUGGACUAUUUGAGAAGACUUCAUCAGCUUUAUGAAGACUGGCUGGUCAAACAGACUUCAUUCAAAGUCCCUGCACCCGUGCUGGUGAUCCCUGCAGACCAGGAUCUCGAGGAGAUGCUGGAACAAUACGAGGCACACAGGGAGAAGAUUCUCUAUCCCAAUCCCACCAUCCUUCAGAACCUGAACUUAGCAAGAGGAGGGAAGCCAGGUGAAACAAUAGUCUGCAUCCCGUGACUAGACAGACAGCCUAGGUGGGCACUUGGCUUACAAACUGAAAAGUUGAUUGCCGUCGAUAGUUCGGAACCUACAGCGCUGUUGGAGGUACUGCAUUGAACUUGACACUGGAGCAUGCCAAUGUUGUCCAACUGGUCCAUACUGUUGUUCAUACUCAGUGUGAAUACCCCCUCUCUCCUCUCAUCCUGUCAGCAGAUCCUUCUGUUCCUUUCAAGUUGUACAAGUUAACAAACCAGUCAGUUUUGGGAAGACAAGAGACGACAAGAUGCUGGAAUCUGUAGCAAAGGAGUCUGGAGAUCUCCCCUGUUGCAGAGUCUCGACCCCAAACAUUGACAAUUCCUUUUCCUGCCACAGAUGCUGCUUGCAUUGCUGAAUUCCUCCAGCAGACUGUUUGUUGCAGUUACUGUUGGAGCUUGCAAUUAUAAUAGGCUCAAAUGAAAAGUCAGGAAGUUAUACUAACCUUUAUAGAAAAUACUAAUUUCAUUUCAGGUGAAACAUAAGAGUUAUGCUGUAGGCAAUGUGUGACUUGUGCCUCUUCCUACAUUCAUUACAGGGUCGUGAUUAACCUGAUGUCAUCGUGUUAGAGUCUGACCUGGGAUAAAUAAGAGACCAGAUUUCUUAUUCUGCAGUGAUAUGACUUUUUAAAGUUUACUUUAAAUUCUCAACCUCGAUGUAAAGGCUGAUGCUACAAUACCCUCCCCUCCACGCCACAACCUGAGUCCAAAGAUACAUUGAGGAAUGACUUAAUAUAAUACUUUUAGUAUAUUACAUAGUUGUAAUUUGAAUUGCAUUCCAGGUGGGGAAAUGACCUGUUACAAUGGAAUUAUACUGUUUCAGUGGGGUUACACUUCAAGUGGGAAAGUGUUUACAGUGGAGUGAUAUUUAAGGUGGAAAAAUACAAAUUCCAAGACUCUUCCUCCCCAGUCUUUAUGUUGUUUGUUGAAACGGUCUCACUUACCCGCACUAUUGUUGCUGAUGAUAUGCUAUUCUGUAAAAAUGGUGCUUGAGACAUCAGGAAUUUGAGUUAAAUCAUUCUCUGUUUGUAAUUUAAAAUAUUGUCUUAACAGUUCUCAGCUCAGUAAUGAUCCAGCCACUGAGUAUUCCCAAAGGCUUUGGGUGUGAAUUCCGACUGUUUGGAGUCCUGGUGGGUGUGAAUUUCAUAAUUUUGGUGGAUCGUCAAAAGCUUCACAGGGUCAGAGAAGAUUGUUAACCUUGCUCUGUGUCUUUUUGCAUUUUAUAGAAUUCUUGGUUGUCUCAUCUGCUUAAGGGAUAGAUAUUGCAAGAAUGCCAGCGGUAUCUACACUACCCUUUUGAGUUAAUGCAGUGGGAUCUUUCUGCCCAGCCUAGAGCCCAGAUUGGGCUCCAGGUUUAACAUCACCGUUGAAGGAUGGAAGCUCUGACAGUGCAGCACUCCCACAGCAUUGCAGUGGGAGGUAUCCUCCUGGAUUAUGAGGAGUCUCUGGAGUGAGACUUGAAUCUGUGAUCUUCUAACUGCCAGUUAGAACACGAUCUCUGACAGAAUAUACCCUAUCGCCACAAGGGUGAGCAUAGAACAGUACAGCACAGGAGCAGACUCUUCAGCCCACCUUCUUUGGCUAGGGUGUGGUCCAAUGGGAAUCAGCCAUCAUGUCAUUAACUACGUGUUCUGUACAGUUGCAACGUAAUGCCCUAACUCUAUGUGCUAUGCACAACCCAUGAAGGCAAGCAUACCUUCUUCACCACCCCUUCAACCAGUUUUGCCACUUUCAGGGAACAACGGACUUGGACUCCAAGGUUUAUCAAGAUUCCUUAGUGCCCUGCCAUUUACUACGUUAUACCCCUAUCUAACUUCCCAAAAUGCAACAUUUUGCACUUGUCAGAAUUAAAUUCCAUCUGAACGUGCGCCAGCCAAAGUUCCAUCUGAUCUAUAUCCUGCUGUAGGCUUAGAUACCCUUCCUCACUGUCCACAAUGCCACCACCAAUUUUUGUGUCUUCUGCAGACUUAUCAUACCUUCCUACAUUCACAUCCGGGUCAUUAAUGUAUAUCACAAAUGGCCUACUAUGUGGGACCUUGUCAAAAGCCUACAUAAAAUCCAGAUAGACCGGCCUUCAUCAAUCUCAGCUAACUCCUCAGAACAAAACUCAAAUCAAAUCAGUGAGACAGGACAUCCCCCUCUCUAAGCCAUGCUGACUCUCCCUAAACAGUCCCUGUUUUUCCAGAUGAGCAUAAAUCCUGUCCCUUAGAAUUUUUUCCAUUUUCCCUAACACACGAUGCAAGGCUCACCAGCCUGUAGUUACCUGGCUGGUCCCUGCUGCACUCGAAAGAAACAACAUUAGUUAACCUCCAGUUUUCUUUGUCAGCCUCACCUGUGGCUAACAAAGAUACAAAAACCUGUGCCAGGGUUCCAGCAAUCUCCUCCCUUGUUUCCAUAGCAUUCUGCGAUAGAUCUUAUCCAGCCCUGGAGGUUUAUACACCCUAGUGCAUUGCAAGACAUCUAACAUCACCACCGUAAUACCGACCUGCUCCAAACCACCAAUGUACCCCUCCCUCAACUCACUGUCCACCACAUCCUUCUCCUUAGUGAAUACAGAUCAGAAGUAUUAUUUAGGGACCUUAUCCACAUCCCCUGUCUCCACACAUAGAUUACCUCUUUGGUCCCUAAGGGGACCCACUCUUUCCCAGACUACCCUCGUGCUCCUAAUAUAGAAUGACCUAGGAUUCUCGUUAACCUAACCUGCCAAGGAUAUUUCGUGGCUCCUUUUUGCCCUCCUAAUUUAUUUAUUUGUUUUCUCUUGUACACUCGACAUUCUUCAAGGGUCUUGCUGGAUUGUAGUUGUGUCCCUGACCAGACCUAAAUCAUCCAAGUUUCCCUAAUCUUGCCAUCUUUGCCUUCCACCCUUACCAGAACAUUACGGCCCUGAUCUUUGCUUACUCUCGUCUUCUUAUUAUCUGCCCCGUGAUAAUCUUCUUGGGUCUGGAAGGCGGAAGGAGCGAGGGGAAGUUAAAUCUGCUGGGCAGCCCUCCCCUCCAGCACCAACCCUAGCUGUUGCUGUGGAUCACUGUGAACUUUCUGGGCUCAUGGUUGGGGCAGGGACUGUUGCAUUGCCACAGGUAAAGAUCGGAAGCUGAGUACAGAUCUGUUAUGCAGGAUGGAAACAGGCCAGUCAGCCUGGCUGGCGGGCAUCCAUCCAAAUCAAUCCUAUCUUCUAGCACUUGGUCUGUACCCUUCAAUACCUGGGCAAUUCAAGUGCUUGUCUAUACACUUCUUAAAUGCACUAAUUGACUAUACUUCCACCACUCUCUCAGGCAGUAUAUUCCUGGUACUCACCACUGUCUGGGUGACAAAGGUCCCAUAAGACCAUAAGACAAAGGAGCAGAAGUUGGCCAUUCAGCCCAUCGAAUCUGCUCCACGAUUCUAUCAUGAGCUGAUCCAUUCUCUCAUUUAGCCCCACUCCCCUGCCUUAGAACCAUAGAACAAUACAGCACAAUACAGGCCCUUCGGCCCACCAUGUUGUGCUGCCCUUUAAACCACACCUCUAAGACUAUCUAACCCCUUCCUCCCACAUAACCCCCUAUUUUAAAUUCCUCCAUAUGCUUAUCUAACAAUCUCUUGAACUUGACCAGUGUAUCAGCCUCCACCACCACCCCAGGCAGCGCAUUCCAUGCACCAACCACUCUCUGGGUGAAAAACCUCCCUCUGAUAUCUCCCUUGAACUUCCCACCCAUUACCUUAAAGCCAUGCCCUCUUGUAUUGAGCAUUGGUGCCCUGGGAAAGAGGCGCUGGCUGUCUACUCUAUCUAUUCCUCUUAAUAUUUGUACACCUCUAUUAUGUCUCCCUUCAUCCUCCUCUCCAAAGAGUAAAGCCCUAGCUCCCUUAGUCUCUCCUCACAAUGCAUACUCUCCAAUCCAGGCAGCAUCCUGGUAAAUCUCCCCUGCACCCUUUCCAACGCCUCCACAUCCUUCCUAUAAUGAGGCGACCAGAAUUGGACACAGUACUCUAAGUAUGGUCAAACCAGAGUUUUGUAGAGCUGCAUCAUUACCAUGUGGCUCUUAAACUCAAUCCCACGACUUAUGAAAGCUAACAUCCCAUAAGCUUUCUUAACUACCUUAUCCACCUGUGAGGCAACGUUCAGUGAUCUGUGGAUAUGAACCCCCAGAUCCGUCUGCUCCUCUACACUGCCCAGAAUCCUGCCAUUAACCUUGUACUCCGCCUUGGAGUUUGUCCUUCCAAAGUGUACCACCUCACCAUAACCUUUGAUGCCCUGGCUACUCAGAUACCUAUCAAUCUCUGCCUUAAAUACACCCAAUGACGUUGCCUCCACAGCCGCCCGUGGCAACAAAUUCCACAGAUUCACCACUGUCUGGCUAAAGAAAUUUCUCUGCAUCUCUGUUCUGAAUGGGCGCCCUUCAAUCCUGAAGUCAUGCCCUCUUGUACUAGACUCCCCUACCAUGGGAAACAACAUUGAUUUCACCACCCCCCCCCCCCGAAUCUCUUAUCCCUCAUCCUAAAUCUAUGUCCUUUGGUUUUAUUCACCUCUGGUAGGGAAAAAUUUUCCUGCAGUCUCUCUACACCUACCGAUCUGUCACGGGGUUUACUUUCAGAAAAAAAUUCUUUUGUCCCGCCCACAUGGACAAAUCAACACAUCACCUUGUCUCCCUGCACAACCUAUUUAUGAGCACAGAAGAAAACAGGAGGAGGCCACUCGGCCCUUUCAAGCCUACCCCACCUUUCAAUAUGAUCAUGGCUGACCUAUCCCUGGCCCCAACUCUUCCUCUGUGCCAGAUCCUCAAUCCCUCAUCUUUCAAAACUUUAUCUACUUCCUCUUUAAAGACUUAUAACAAGCCAGCCUCCCCAACUCUCUGGAGUAGUGAGUUUCAGAGAUUCACCCCUCUCUGGGAGAAGAACAUUUCUACCUACCUUGGUUUUAAACGACCAGCUCCUUAUCUUGAAACCAUGUCCCCCUUGCUCAAGGCAAAGUUAAUUUAUAAGUUGCUGAUACAGGCCAUCUCUUGGUUCCGGUUUUACAGACACCUGUCAGUCGAUUUUGUCCAUAAGUUGGAAAAUACACAAAAAAAAUCACUCUAUAUGGUAGCCAUAGCUCCACAGUAUUGGAAUGAAUGGCACUUAAAGCACGUUAAACUGAUAAGAAAGAACGAUUACUAAAAGUGUAGAGGGAGAGGAAACUAGUUCUGACAUUCGUAGGAAUGUAUGUACAUCGGACUUUUGAAUUUAAAAUUAUGGGAGCUCGUUCAUAUGUAGUAGUGUCGAUAAGUUGGGUGUUGCCUAACCUGGGGAUGGCCUGUAAACUGGAAUGUAAAUCAAGUGUUUGCAGCAGGAACUGUGAUAGAGAGAGUUAUUUGGCUCCAGAACGAGAACAUUAAAUUUGGCCUUGGGUGGUUGAGGGGGUAACGUUAAAAUGUGGAGGUCAGAUCCAGUCCAGAUCAAAGCACCACUUCCUCUUACUGCAAGCAAAUUGGCCAGAUUCUGCUGAGCGAUUAACCACUUCUAAUGGAGGAAUCGGUAACUUCUGGAGUUGGCUCAUCGACAGCUAAAUCCAUAAGGGCUGCCUCACUGCAGAGGAACGAGGGAUCACUUGACAGAGGCUGGCGAUUCUCACCUUUGCUUAUAUGUGUACGGGCAGUGACUCCUUGAUCCUCUGGCAAGGAAGCACUGACCAUACACAUAUGUUGGUGCGACCUUCUCUAGAGUGACGUACGGAAGUCAGAAAACUGAGAUCAGGUAUGUAUGCAUACUCUCAUAAUAAAAUUCACUCUAAAUCUUGUGUGUCGUUGCUUCAAGUGCAAGGGAAUUUUAAGUACCAUCCUAAACCAUAAUUACUUCUCAACAAAAGUUCUGGCUUGGAAAAAGAAAUAGCUGUAUACAUGUGGAUAAUCAUUCCCUCAGCAUCCAAAUGUCUCAACAUUUUACACUGAAUUAAAGUGGUAUAAUUAAAAACUUUUUAUUUUUCUAGGCUUUUGUUUUUACAAUUUUUCCAAUUAUUUAACUCUUUGAAAUGUUUAAAAAAUGAAGUUAAAAGUUGUAUUCACCACAUGGUUUGUUGUCUGUGCAAUCUCUUUGGGGUAGGUGUGGAAAAAGAUUGGGGGAGGACGGUGGGGGGAGAGAAUGGGUAGAGGAUGGAGGAAUAUGGUAGGUGGGGGUGGGCUGAUAGGGUGUUGGAGGGACUGAAGAUCAGGGUAGGGUGGAGGGGACUGUGGAAGGGGUGAGCAGGAGGUUUGGGGGGAUGGGAGAGGGAGGUUGGUGUAGAGAUGUAAAUGGGAUGGUAUGGUGGGAUGGAGGGAUUGGUCAUGAGGAAGAGCUUAGGGAUAGGGGAUUUUGGGCUGUUGUGGAGGAUGGGAUGGAGUGGGAGAAGGGGAGGGUGCAGAGUUUUGGGGGUCAGGAGGCAGAUUGAAUGCGAGGGAGCAGAAGGUGAGGCUAAUGAUUUGCAGUGGUACCAAGGAUCGUUUCCUCCUCAACUAACAACAGAAGGUGAGCAGGUGGUGGCCAUCUUGGCAACAGUGACCCCGUUGUCCCAUCGAUAGAAACAGGACUUGUGAGAACUUCCACAAUGAGACGCAAAUAGUCACACCUUCCCCAACCACCCCACUCUCACCCCUCUCCAACACCAUGGUCCCACCAAACUCAUCACCCCACCCCUCAGCCUCACCACCCCACUCACCCCCCCCCCAACACCAUGGUCCCACCAAACUCAUCACCCCACCCCUCAGCCUCGCCACCCCACUCUCACCCCUCUCCAACACCAACGUCCCACCC